CAGACUUGUUAAGAAAGUUAAUGCCAUGAUAUCAAAAGUAAUGGAGUUGGAAAAAUCCCACUUUCUAUAGUCAUCAUAAACCUCCAAUCUAAAGCAAAAUCAGCACCAAAAGGGCAUUUUGAAAGCAAAUUAUGACUGAUUUCUUUAACUUCACUCUCACUCAAAAACCAAAAAGAAUAAUUCUUCAAACAAAGCUCAAAAUUCCCAUUCUAGAAAAGAAGAAAAAGAAGGAAGACCACACAACUUGAAGCUCAAUCCUUCUUCUUCCUCGCAUCUCCAUGAAGAUUCCAGGAGCAAAACUUCCUUUUUCAAUCAUGGCUUGCAUCAUCUGCGCCUUGGCAUUCACCGGUUUAAUCUUCAACGAAUAUCUACGAAAAAUCACUGAAUUAUGAUUUUUUUAUCAGAGGAGACGGAGAAACAUAGCAGCAAAGCUAAUGUUUUUGAUGAAAAGAUCUUUUUCGAUCCAAACAAGUGCAGAAUAGAGAGGGGAAAAUGGGUCUUCAAAAGUUCAGCAGAGCUUUCUUAUACUGAUCUGAAUUGCCCGUAUGUGGAUGUACAAGUAGCCUGUUUGAGAAAUGGCCGGCCCGAUCGAGAUUAUUUGUUCUGGGAAUGGCAGCUUGAUGACUGUAUUUUACCAGAGUUUAAUGCAGUAAUUUUUCUUCAGAAACUUAGAGGAAAAAGACUUAUGUUUGUAGGAGAUUCAUUGCAGAGAGGGCAAUGGCAAUCUCUUGUAUGUAUGGUGCAGUCUUACAUUCCAUUAGAGAAGAAAUCUAUGAACAGAACCACAACCCUAUCAGUAUUCAGAGCUAAGGAGUACAAUGCGACGAUUGAGUUCUAUUGGGCACCAUUCCUGGUUCAGUCGAAUUCGGAUGCGAAAAUCAUCUCAGAUAUAUCGAAAAGAAUAGUGAGAGUGGACUCGAUCUCCGAGCAUGGUCGACAUUGGAUUGGAGUGGAUAUACUGGUCUUCAAUACUUAUGUGUGGUGGAUGACUGGGUAUAAGAUCAAGUCCUUGUGGGGAUCAUUUACGAAUGGAGAAGAAGGGUAUGAAGAGUUUGAUGCUGUUAUAGCUUACAGAAUUGGACUAAAAACCUGGGCAAAUUGGAUCGACUCCAAUCUCAACCAGACCAACACAAGAAUAUUUUUCACCACAGCUUCCCCCACACACAUGAGGAGCUCAGAUUGGAAUCGAAGGAGCGGAAUUCGAUGCUACAAUGAAACGAAACCAGUGAGGAAGAGAGGAUAUUGGGGGAGUGGGGCUGAUAAGAGAAUAAUGAAAGUGGUUUCAGACAUUGUUGAGAGGAUGAGAGUUCCCAUAACUUUGAUAAAUAUAACUCAGCUCUCAGAUUACAGAAAAGAUGGGCACACUUCAGUUUAUACAGAGACAGAGGGGAUAGUAUUUACAGAAGAGCAGAAGGCUGAUCCACAGAAUUAUGCAGAUUGUAUACAUUGGUGCUUGCCUGGAGUUCCUGAUACAUGGAAUAGGAUUUUUUAUGCAUAUUUUGUGAGGUUGAAAAUGUAAG